GAGAGAGAGAACCUCAUGAUUCAAACUGCCUUUUCUGUUCAUAAUUGAAUCUUUAUACUGAAAUGGGUUUAUCUCCAAUGACACAGGAGCAGGCCUUCCUUUGUUUUCCAUGGCUUUUGCUUCAGCCACCCCCAGAUUUUCGUAUCCUCCUCCCACUCACUCCACAGGAAUCCGUUGAAAACCAGUGACCCCAUUUAUGAAAACCCAUAUACAGACAUCAGGAGCUUCUUUCAAUGGCAUUCAAAUCUCACAUAAAAGCCCCAAUGACCCACGAUUUUCACUGCCAAUUAGAGCUAUUGGCCCCCAAUCUUGGUCCUUCUCCGGUGGUACCUACUAUAUUCACUCUCGCCGCAAAAUUUAGGUGGGCAGCAUUUGGCAUCUGCUAUUGUCGCUUGGAAUCAUUCUGGCAAUGGAUAAAUUUUUGGAACGGGCUUUUAAAGCUGCAGCUAUUAAGUUUCCGAGUGCCCUUUUCGGGAUUUUCUGUGUGUUUUCCAUUCUGAUGAUCCCUGAUUCUGUAGUUCCUUCUGCUGCAACAAGUUUCAUGAACUUCUUUGAGCCAGCAAAUAUGUUUAUUCAGAGGUGGCUUGCAUUGUUUUAUGUUCCUUUUGUUGUGGUUUUGCCUCUGGACGUGAGAGAUAUCCCUGCGGCUUCAGGAAUCAAGAUUUGUUUCGUCAUAGUUGGGGGUUGGCUGGCUUCAGUUUUUGUUGCUGGUUACACAGCAAUAACGGUAAGAAAGAUUGUAAGGGCAGAAAUGAUAGCUGUCGAACCUAUGCCAAAGCCUUCUCCAUUCUCAAAAUUUGAAUUGUGGACUUGGACUGGAUUUUUCUUUGUGUCAUUUAUUUCUGCACUCCUAUAUCCGACAGCACUUGGGACGAAUGCAAGAACAUGCCUGCCUUUCCUACUUGCAGCUACUUUGUUAGGUUACAUGGUUGGUUGUGGGUUUCCCUCUGACAUCAAGAAGGUGUUCCACCCUAUUUUUUUUUGUGCACUAUCAGCAGAUUUGGCAGCAGUAGCUUUUGGGUGUUUAUCAAAGUCUGGUGUGGAUAUUGUUCUAGGUGUCAAUACAUCUCUCACAGCUACUGUUGUCGUUUUAACUGGUCUUGUGGGUGCAAAUUUUGUACAAACAAUACUUGACAAACUUCAUUUUAAUGAUCCUAUAGCUCAAGGAAUUGCAACGACAUCUAGUGCUCAUGGAUUGGGAACGGCAGCAUUAUCAGCAAAGGAUCCUGAAGCUCUCCCAUUUUGUGCAAUUACUUAUGGUCUAACUAGUAUAUUUGGAUCAUUAAUUAAUUUGUUCAGUUCCAGCAGUCAGGCACAGCCUGCUUCUGAUAGCAAGAUAAAAUUAUUGCUAAUUUCACACAACUAUAUUUGAGCCAUCAAUAUGAGUACCCUUCCCUCAAAUAGUUUUUCAAAUAUUGUGAAGGGUUUGUUUUCCAUCUUAUAGCCUCCCACUAGCUUGCUGUACAGAAUCUCUAACUUUGCUCUAGGCCCAUCCAUAUAAGUAAUGCAAGUGUUCUCCAGUAAAAUA